UUUGGUCUGUCGGCACUUACACGGAAACUGUAAACACGAGUGUUCGCGAUUCACUGAAACUGUGUAAUUAUAAGUUUGGAUAGGUGACAACUCCUCACAUGUACAGCAUGGAUAUCUUAAACGGUAGUCAACCUGCUUUUCCAGGUCAACCAUUUAAUGGAGGCAAAACUAACACUGUUUUUGAAGCGGUCGAUCCGUCCACUCUCGACGAUGAUUCGGACGACGAUGAAAUUACUGCAGCGAAGUGCACAAAACCCGGAAAGAAAACGAAGGGGCGUGUAAAGAUAAAAAUGGAAUUUAUUGAAAACAAACUCAGGCGUUAUACAACCUUUAGCAAGCGUAAAACUGGGAUCAUGAAAAAGGCCUACGAGUUGGCCAUCCUGACAGGGACCCAGGUCAUGUUGCUGGUCGCCAGUGAGACAGGUCACGUGUACACGUUUGCUACACGCAAGCUGCAGCCCAUGAUAACCAGCGAGAGUGGAAAAGCCCUCAUUCAGACCUGCCUCAACUCGCCUGACCCCCCGCCUGUAGCUCCCGGUCAGCAGCAAGCCGUGGAUCAGAGGAUGAACCCAGGUGGCUUUGAGGAGACCGAAUUUACAUGCUCCGUCGACGAAGAAAAUGAAAAGAUGAUGUUUGAGACAGCGAGUGGAAAGCCCCUGUACACCAUAACAUCCUCGGGUACUAGCGAUGCACAGGUGUAUAUGCAGGCCACGUCCACACCUCAGGGGGUCACCUCGCAGCAGAGCCAUCAGACACAGGUGCAGUCCCAGCCAGUCGUGAGUUCAAGUCCGGUUGUGACCAGCAAAAACCAGCACACCCAGAACAGCAUAGCAGUACACAUGCCAGGGCUCCCUCAAGGCUUCUUUCUUCAACCAGGCACAUUCACCAUACAGACAACACAGACUGGUAGCUCCACUCCCUCCCAGCAGACUGUGUACCGUAUACCAGGGACCAGUCAACAAAUCAUCACAAGUGGACCUUUAUUGACCACCAACCAGAACCCUCAAACACUGACCAAUGGCAGCCCAGCGACAUCCCCGUGUACUGUCAGUCUUGUAUCCCAAGGCAACCAGCAGACCAGCCCUGCCCUGACCCCCAGUGUGUUCAUGUACCAGACCCCCCAAGGUAUGGUGUACUCCACCGGCUCCCUCCCGGACAAGUUCAACUUCCAACAGGUCACCUCACAAGAUAGCGCAGGUAACCACUGGCAGGGUCAGACGAGCGUCCACGGACAGCCUAUUAUCAUCCCCAUGCCAGUGUCUAUGCCAGCUGGGUCUCAACAGGUGUUGCAAUUUUCCACAGAGUCAGUGCCUGUUACUGAGGUGUCUCAACCAGUGAUUGGGGCUAAGAAGAGGAAAGUUUAGUAGAACUGUUUGGUUUUAUUGUUUAGUGCAUUGCCACUGAGCUGGGAACCACGAAGACUUAAUAAAGCAGGUUUCCUGUAGUGUUGAGUGCAUUGCCACUGAGCUGGGAAGCAAAUAGACUUAGUAGAGCUGGUUCCCUGUAUUGUUUGGUGCAUUGUCAUGCAUUGUCACUGAGCUGGGAACCAAGAACACUUAGAAGAGCUGAUUUUCUGUAAUGUGUAGUGUAUUUCCACUGAGCUUGGAACCAAGAAGAUUGCGUAGCAGGAUUGGUUCCCACAUUGUUCAGUGAAUAUUUUAGGAAUCGGAAAUCAAACUGGAUAUGUUCCCUACAUAUUGUUGUGUUCUCUAGCUGGAAUGGGACUCAGUAGUACUGUUCUGGAGCAUUGGUUUCUAGCACGUACAGGUGCAUUCUCAAUGGUGCUAUAUGACACAGCCUGUCUCUGGAUCACUGGUUUGUGAACAUGACGGUCCAAUAGAAUCAUGUAGAGGCUAGGUGUGAGACUGGAAAGUGUCUUCAUAUCAACCUAUGGAUGUAUAGAUUACAACUUGUUUAUCAGGAUUGAUCAACUAUUCCACUCCAGCCUUCGAUGUGCGGAGGUGUCUGACCGUAUUUAUUUGCACGAAAUGUUAAAUAGCUUCAAACUUAUAUUGUGUUAGUGAAGUUAACUUGAGCAUGCAUGUGUAAAAUCUAAUGAUGAGCAGAAAUCACAUAUUUUAUUCUGCAGUGCCUUUUUUCACAAAAAAAAACAUUAUUUAAUUUCCAUGUUUAUAUGUAUCCGUCCAUCACGCUUUCGUUCAAGGAAUAUUGUUCAAUGUUAACUUAUUGUUCUUAAUGAAUUCAUAUUGUUUUCAAUUUAAAGUGCUAUAUCUGCAGCCUAUAAUGUAUUAUAUUGUCAAAAAUAAUGUCUUUAAUAAAUACUCAUUAAUAAAUUAUAUUUAUUAUUAAAAUGUUUACAAAUCCAAUGUUUAACUGUAAUUACCACUAUGUGCAUGUGGACCAUAUGUAAAAUUAACAUUGGAGUGCGUGAUCUUUUGUAAGCGCGAGUUCGAAUUUUACGAGUGCCAUUUAUGGACAAAAUGUCAUGCGUCUUAGUUGGUUGAUUAAUAUAUGUAUCAUUUGAAAAUUUGCAUUGCUUUAAACUUGUUCUUAAUAACUAAUUAUUCCAAAUAACAUGUUCUACUCAUUGAGUGCAAUAUAGCAAUGCUGUCUGUACCAGUCAGUCAGACUGUGUUGCUGUCUGUACCAGUCAGUCAGACUGUGUUGAUGUCUGUACCAGUCAGUCAGACUGUGUUGCUGUCUGUACCAGUCAGUCAGACUGUGUUGCUGUCUGUACCAGUCAGUCAGACUGUGUUGCUGUCUGUACCAGUCAGUCAGACUGUGCUGCUGUCUGUACCAGUCAGUCAGACUGUGUUGCUGUCUGUACCAGUCAGUCACACUGUGUUGCUGUCUGUACCAGUCAGUCAGACUGUGUUGCUGUCUGGACCAGUCAGUCACACUGUGUUGCUGUCUGUACCAGUCAGUCAGACUGUGUUGCUGUCUGUACCAGUUAGUCAGACUGUGUGCACAUUUUCAUGUUUUUUCACAGGUCAUUCACUGUCUGUGGCACUUGGAAUAUGGGCAGCUAUAAGAAUGGACGAACACUCAAGGACCAAACAUGUCGCAUUUUGAGAAAACUGGGCAUAAUGCAUGUGCGUAAAGUGUCGUCUCAGAUUAGCCUGUGCAAUCCGCACAGGCUCAUCAGGGACAACUCUUCCCGCUUUCAUGACAUUUUUCGUUAAAAUGAAGUCUUUUUUAGCAAAAAUCGAAUUUAGGCGGAAAUCGUCAUCCUUGAUUAGCCUGAGCGGACUGCACAGGCUAAUUUGGGGCGACACUACGCACAUGCAUUAUGCCCAGUUUUCUCAGAACACGACGCAAACUGACGUAGUGUCGUACUAAGUAGGGUUUAAUGUACAACAUCAUUAGACAAGAUAAGUAGAAAAAUGUCAAAAUUAUGACUGCAUCCGAGCGGCUUUGCAGGCUGGGAAAUGGUGGGCGGGAGUUGGGAAAUAUUUGCUGAGAACAAUUCUUUGCCCUGCAUGAAUUGACUUUCAAAUAACUUUCCAUAAGUAAUCAGCAUGGGACCCUAGUGUUACGUGCAAGAACCAUGUCACUAGAAAUAAGGUCAAUAUCGCUAAUAAAGGUCAAAAAUUAAUUUACUCAUGAGCACAUUAAGAAUUUUUAAAUGAAUUUGUAGACGUUGAAAGCAUACUGAGUUGCUCACAAUAUAAUCAAGUCUGUAGGUCAAAGGUCAAGGAAACAAUUUAAGGUCAAAGAUAAAAUAUGAGAAAUCAAUUGAGACUUUGUCCAAUUGUUACCUGAUUUUCCUUAAUGACAAGCAUUUUUGUGUGACAAUUUUAUCUGUUGUUUGUCAACUUCAGACUUUUCAUUUCAUUGCUUUAUUACAGUACUAUAUGUGCAAAGCUUAUUAUAACGUUAUUUUCUACACGUUUUCUACACAUUAAUGGACUAGACAAGCGAUGACACAUUCAUCAUGUUAAAGAUAUCUAGCCUUUCUAGUUUAUAAUUAAGUUGUUUCUUAGUGAGAAGUAAGUGAUACAAUUGUUGAAAGCAGUUACCGGUAUAUAGCUUUAUCAUACUUGUUAAGAUUUUCUUGUGCCUUUCAAACGUAAAUAUUUUUGUACAUUGUAACCUUUUGUUUGGUAUGUGUUAACUAGUUUUACAUUUUUAAUUGGAACAAUGCAUUUGUCCUUCUGGGCAUAUUUGACCAUAACAGCAUAAUUAUGUGAAGACAAUUGUUGUUCACGAUCUUUAAGAGUGUCUUCCAUGUGUAACAUAAUGUUUUGACUUGUUUGUGAAUUUUUUAAAUGUACAUACAAUAAAACAUGAACAAAUUAA